ACAGUUCAUAAAUGUCAGAUUGAAGCGCGAUAAAGCGUAUUUAUCGCGUUAUUGUAUACAUUCUCCUGUUUAUAAUAAGCUAUUAAACGCAUGUUAUGCUUAUCUGUUUAACGAGGAUGUACAAUAACAUUCGAUUGAUUCGUCCCCCCAGUUGAACGUACGCCUGCCCGCGGGGAGGUAUACCAAUACACCGCCAUGAACUGUAUAAUUUUUUUAAAUAUAUUUGCUGGUGUAUGGGCUCUUGCGAGCGCUGGGUACCAUUAUCCGGCUACUAAAGGGGAGGUGUGGCCGAAACCGCAACAUCAAGUGAAGACAAAUACUAUUCUUACGUUCGACCACAGGCGAUUCCAAAUUAAGAUAGUCGGAGUCACCUGCUCGCUCCUCUCGAGCGUGGCCUCGCGCUACUCGCACGUGUUCGCGCGGCAGAGCCAACUUGCUCUCGAGCAUGCUCGCCCGCACAAGUCAGGAGACAGGCUCGCCGAGCUGCACAUCGAUCUGACAGCGCCGUGUGAAGACUACCCGCAUUACGGCAUGGAUGAAAGCUAUAACCUAACAAUAGCAGAGGUAUCUACACUGAAAAGUGGUUCCAUAUGGGGCAUUCUGCGAGGGCUUCAGACUGUCCUGCACUCGUUUUAUUUCUCAGAUGACUACAGGAGAAUAUUAGUAAAUGCAACGGAGAUAUACGACUACCCUCGUUACUCGCACCGCGGGCUGCUGCUGGACACCUCGCGGCACUUCAUCUCCCUGCACAACAUCCUGCUGACGCUGGACGCCAUGGAGAUGAACAAGAUGAACGUCUUCCACUGGCACAUCGUCGAUGACGACAGCUUCCCGUAUCAGAGCAAGAGGUUUCCGGAAUUAAGCGAGCAUGGAGCGUAUUACCCUACGAUGGUAUAUUCGAAGGCUGAUAUCGUGCUCGUAUUGAAAUAUGCCCGUGAGCGUGGUAUCCGAGUGAUUCCCGAGUUCGAUGUUCCAGGUCACACCGUGUCCUGGGGAGCAUCACACCCUGAACUCGUGUUCACGUGCCCCGACCAGUGGUAUGGCACAACUACAAGUGGGGCCUUGAACCCCAUCCUCAACUCCACGUACGAGCUGCUCGGUGACCUGAUCAAGGAAGUUCAGGACUUGUUUCCGGACAAGUACUUCCAUGUUGGCGGGGAUGAAGUCAAUACGAAGUGUUGGGAGAAUGCUUCAACAAUCCAGGCCUAUCUUAAAGAGCACAACAUGACCGUCACGGACUUAUUCCCUAUGUUCAUGGGCAAAUUAUUCCAACUGCUUGGCAGCAGGUCGCAGCCCAUCGUGUGGGAGGCAAUAUUCGAGAAUGUAACUUCCUUACCAGCGAGUACACCCGUGCACGUCUGGAAAAGAGAACCCAUUAAAGGCAAUGAGCGAUAUGAUGAUCACGGAAAACACACUGUCAACAAGGUCUUAGAAGCCGGCAAAAAGGUGAUAUUGUCCUCGCCGUGGUACCUAGACUACCUGGCGAAGACCUGGGAGGACUACUAUAAUGGCACGGACCCGCAUGCCAUGGUGAACGACAAAUCUUUAUCCCAGAACAUCCUCGGCGGCGAGGCCUGCUUGUGGGGCGAGCAUGUGGACGACAGGAACAUAAUUAGCAGAGCAUGGCCUCGGGCUAGCGCGGCAGCCGAAAUACUCUGGAGUUCGCCGCCAUUCGACGUGCCAUCUCAAUAUCACAAGAGUGUGAACAGUAACCGUAUGGAAGAACACACCUGUCGCAUGAUUCGGCACGACAUCGGCGCGCAGCCCCCUAAUGGACCUGGCUUUUGUGUAGUCAACCCUAAUCAUUUGUAAUAUGUAACACAGGUUAUUAGGUUUUGCUUUUUAUGAACAGAUCUAUCGUUGAAAAAGCGAAUACUUAUCCCCACCUACUUGACACAAUGGCCAUGUAACAGCAGUUUUCUUUUUAUGUGAUAU